CUUAAAAUAUGACGAUAGCAGCAGGGCGUGUGUGAAAUCUUUGGAGCGACAUCUGGAUCACGCUCGCUCCACUUAAGUGUUAAUGAAACUGGACUCGGAUCAAUGAGACAAAGGAGCUUUAUCAUAACACAUGAAAUGCAAAAAUGUGAUCUUUGCCUGUUGCUCCGCUGGGUAGGAGAACAACCGCUGCCGUUACGCAGAUGACAGCCCUUAUGUCGGCGCUCCCGGUGAUCCUCGCCCAGCCCACAUGCCCCGGAGACCAGCGAGCGCAUGGACCUGACAAAGGGAAUAUUGAAAAAGACGUCCUGUUCCAGUCGACCUGUAACCUGUGCCGAGAGAGUCACAAAACUCAGGUCUGGCUUUGUUUCUUAAUUCUGAGCUUCUUGAGUCCAUUUACGUGUGCUGCUUCUGUGCCUGAUGUAACAGAGGUAAAGAUUUGCUUGAACAGGCUGAAACCCGCCAUUGAGAAAUCUGACGCUAUGCUGUAUGCUCCAUCAGGUGAUGACAUUAAAGAGAGCUGUAAAAUCACGUCGCUCAGAUGUUACAUGUUGGAGUUGAUAAUGGUCGCCGGUGAAGAAGAAAUUAUGAAUAAUGAUACAGAAUGCAUCAUGGAUUUCAAUGACACACUGCCUACAGUUGAAUCUGUUGUCUGUCCACCAUGCGAAGCAUACUCACUUGAAAAUAUUACAAUAUUCCUGGAAAGACUAAAUACACUUUUGGAAAACAUGGCUACAUUGGCGAACACGUAAUAUGGUGUAAAUAUUAUAAGCUAAGAAUGUGUAUUUGUAUAUAUUUGUAAAGAAUUAUGGCUCUUGUGAUUUUUAUUUUUUAAAUAUUACAUUGUAACUGUGUAAACCUGUGACAAACCAUGCCGUCCUGUAUUUUAUAAUAUAGACAUACCACACUAAAUUUGAUGUGUAAUAUAACAGUUUAAAUGUAUAGGAUGAAAGUACAUCUUAUUGUCUGUACAGAAUAAGUCUCUCCGUCACUGUGUAUCACAAUCUGCCUUUCCGUUGUACAGUUUUAAAAAAAGUAUAAGGAAGUACCGUAAAAAGGCAUCAUGUACUGUAUAUACAGAAUGUAUAUUAUUAACCUCACUGCUAAACACUAUUGAAUGUAAUACCUAUUAUACAGUAUCCAGUAUCUUGAGAAUAGUUGUUAUACUCCAGUAAAUAAUAUCCCAACUGUA